UUUGUGUAUCGCUUUGAGUAGCUGCACUUUCAAAAAUUUAGUUUGAACAUAAUUUCAAAUUAUAUUUCAAGUUCAAGUAGUAGAUUGGUUUUAUAAAAAUUACCAGUAAAUAUGGCCGAUGAAGAUCAGCGCCUUCGUGAUAUUCAGCGGGAAUAUCUGGACUUCCUUGACGAUGAGGAAGACCAAGGCACCUAUUCGACUCAUGUACGUAAAAUGAUAACGGAUGAAAGCAAACGAUUGGUGGUAAACGUAAACGAUCUACGCCGUAAAAAUCCGGAGCGAGCUUUUGCUCUGCUAAAUAGUGCAUUCGACGAACAGCUUGCAUUCUCCCGUGCGCUCAAAGAGUAUGUGUCUACAGUGGAUCCGACUUAUGCAAAAACUCAGGAGGAUUUCUUCGUGGCUUUCGAAGGAAGUUUUGGAAAUAAACACGUUACUCCUCGGUCCCUUACUUCUCGUUACUUGGGCAGUUUGGUUUGUGUGGAAGGCAUCGUGACCAAGGUUUCACUCAUUAGACCGAAAGUGGUCAAAAGUGUACAUUAUUGUGCUGCCACCAAGAAGGUGAUGGAACGUCGAUAUACUGACCUUACCUCGUUCGAUGCAGUUCCAUCCAGUGCUGUCUAUCCUACUAAAGACGAUGAAGGAAAUCCAUUAGAAACUGAGUUUGGAUUGUCUGUUUAUAAGGACCAUCAAACUUUGAGCAUCCAAGAAAUGCCCGAAAAAGCUCCAGCAGGACAGUUACCUAGAUCGGUAGACGUAAUUUGUGACGAUGAUUUGGUUGAUCGAUGUAAGCCUGGGGAUCGAGUUCAAAUUGUGGGAAAUUAUCGUUGUUUGCCAGGAAAGCAAGGCGGAUACACUACAGGAACUUUCCGUACCAUUUUGAUUGCAAACAAUGUCUCACAGUUGAAUAAAGAAAGUACGCUAAGUGUUACGAGAGAGGAGAUCAAUUUAUGUAAAAAGUUGGCAAAGAACAAUGAUAUUUUCGAACUGCUUUCCAAGAGUUUAGCUCCAUCGAUUCAUGGACACGAAUAUGUGAAAAAAGCAAUACUUUGUCUACUUUUGGGGGGCAUUGAGAAAAAUUUGGCCAAUGGAACUAGGCUUCGUGGCGAUGUUAACGUUCUCCUGAUCGGCGAUCCCAGUGUGGCAAAGUCUCAGUUGUUACGUUACGUCUUGAACACAGCUCCACGGGCUAUAACUACAACAGGGCGAGGCUCCAGCGGUGUUGGUUUGACAGCUGCUGUUACUACCGAUCAGGAAACUGGAGAACGUAGAUUGGAAGCUGGUGCUAUGGUGCUGGCCGACCGUGGUGUCGUGUGUAUCGAUGAAUUCGACAAGAUGAGUGACAUCGAUCGUACUGCUAUUCACGAGGUGAUGGAACAGGGUAGGGUUACUAUUUCGAAAGCGGGAAUUCACGCGGCUCUCAACGCUCGCUGCUCGGUGCUUGCUGCAGCUAAUCCCGUGUAUGGAAGAUACGAUCAGUACAAAACACCGAUGGAAAAUAUUGGAUUGCAGGAUUCACUACUUUCACGUUUCGAUCUAUUAUUUGUGAUGUUGGAUGUGAUCGACAGCGACCACGAUAGAAUGAUUUCGGAUCACGUUGUGAGAAUGCAUCGCUAUCGCAAUCCGAAAGAACAAGAUGGUGAUGUACUUCCCAUGGGAGUCAGUGCCGUCGACAUGUUGUCCACUAUUAACCCAGAGUCUCGCGACGAUAAGGAAACUCCUAUGUAUGAGAAAUACGACCCUUUAUUGCAUGGCAGCACACGGAAACGAACAGAUCAGAUACUUUCGAUGGAGUUCAUGCGCAAAUAUAUUCACAUCGCAAAAUGUUUAAAACCGAAGUUAACCGAGGGUGCCUGUGAGCUUAUAUCUAACGAGUAUUCGCGACUGCGUUCGCAGGACCUUAUGGACUCAGAUGUAGCCCGCACUCAACCGGUAACAGCUCGUACACUGGAAACAUUGAUUCGUUUAUCCACUGCUCACGCAAAGGCUCGAAUGGCUCGCACUGUAACAGAGAAGGACGCACAAGCCGCAAUCGAAUUGAUUCAAUUUGCUUACUUCAAAAAAGUUCUGGAAAAAGAGAAAAAGAAGCGAAAGAGGACGGAAGAUGACUCCGACGAAGAGGAAGAGGAGUUGGAUAAUGAUGAGGAAGCUGGAACUCAAGGUUCUCGUACAAGUCGCCGUGUAAAACGAACCAGAACAGAAGAUCACGAUGACUCGGAUACGGAGGAACUGGUCACAACCACGCCAGAUGCCGGUGAUCUCACUAAACGGUCCACUAUUUCGACUGCUGCUGCAGGACAAAGUAAAGCCACAACUACGGCUCCGAUGGAGACAGAAUCAAUUGUUGAAGAGAUCUCUGAAGAUCGCUUCAAGAUCUUCAAACAAGGUGUUCAUCAAGCGUUCCGGCAGGCUCGAGAACAGUCUCUUUCUGUAGCAAGGCUGACAAAGAACAUCGACGAGAGUAGUGGAACAGAGGCGUUUACACAGGGCGAAGUAAUGGCAGCUAUCACGAGGAUGACCGAUGAUAAUCAGAUAAUGAUGCACGAUGACAUCGUAUUUUUAAUUUGAAGCAGUUUCGCAUCAUGCAUCACAAGUCUUCGAACUCUUACUGUUUCAUUGUUUAUGAUAUUUUUUUAUUUGUGAAG